GGGCGCGUCAUGAUCGUGGGAGAUGUCCAUGGCUGCUGUGACGAGCUCGAGGAGCUCCUGCGCCUCCAUCACAAGGAGGGAGACCUCCUCAUCCUCGCCGGGGACCUGGUGAACAAAGGCCCUAAGUCAGUGGAGGUAGUACGACUUGCAAGGCGCAUGAAUGCGAUGGCUGUCGUUGGGAAUCACGAGAUCUCUUCUUUGAGGGGUUACUUUGCUCGGUCGGGGGGGAAGGUAAAGGACGUGGAGGAGAAGUAUGAGUGGACGGAUGGGUUGUGCGUGGAGGAUGUUGAAUUCAUUCGCUCUCUGCCCUUUACGAUAUCCAUUCCCAGCUACAACGUGAUAGUCGUGCAUGCUGGGCUCGUGCCGGACCUUUCGCUUGCUGAGCAGGAUCAUCGGCACAUGGUGACAAUGCGCAAUCUCAGAGUUUGCAAUGCAGGCGAGGAGGAGUCAGAGACUUGUCGUACCAGGUACGAAGCCUUGGAGCUGGACGAUGGCGUCAGUGAGCCAUGGGCUGCCCUCUGGAAGGGACCUAGCCAUGUCUACUUCGGGCAUGACGCGAAAAGACGGCUUCAGCUGUACAAGCACGCGACGGGGCUGGACACGGGCUGCUUGUAUGGAGAUAGGCUCUCGGCUGCCAUAUUAGAGAGAGGG